UAUUCUGUGAGCUGCUGAAGAAAAUGUCCGAUGUGAUUUUGUUCUGUUUGUGUUUGUGGAGUCUGUCUGAUGUGUUUUGUGUGUCAGUGUCAGUGACUGAAGGAGAAUCUGUCACUUUAUCUGUGAAUCUCACUGAUCAUCAGAGGAAACAUGGAAUCUCCUGGAAGUUUGGAGCUCAAGGAUAUCUCAUAGCAGAAAUCACCAGAGAAAGCCGUAUCAGGAUAUAUGAAAAUCAAGCCAAUGGGAGAUUCAGAGGCAGACUGAAGCUGGAUCAAACUGGAUCUCUCACCAUCACGAAGACCAGAAUCACACACUCUGGACUUUAUGAAGUGACCAACACCAACACCAACGCCAAACUCAAGAUAUUUAAUAUUACUGUCUACGAUUAUCUGCCUGUUCCUGUCAUCACCAAUUCUUCAGGAUCAUCAUCAGGCUCAAAAUGUGUUGUGUUGUGUUCAGUGAUGAAUGUGUCACAUGUGAGUCUCUCCUGGUACAAAGGAAAGAGUUUAUUGUCCAGCAUCAGUGUGUCUGAACACAGAGACAUCAGCAGCAUCUCUCUUCAUCUGGAGUGUCUGGAUGAUUCUUACACAUGUGUCAUCAACAAUUCCAUCACAAACCAGACUCAACAUCUCAACACUGAUGUCUGUCACACGUGUUCAGGCUUCUGCAGUUGUGGAUUAACUGAAGCUGCGAUCCGAUUGGUCCUCUCUGCCCUGGUGGGCGUGGCUACUGUUGCUGUAAUGGUUUCUGACGUCAGAUCCAGAAGAGAUGGACAGAAGAUGGGAUCAGAACAGAAGAAGAUGGGAUCAGACAUUCAGAUAACUGACCAAUGAAUGUGUCAGUUGAAUGU